CACCUCUCUCUUCAUACACUUCCAAAUUUACUCGUUCUAAUACAGAAAGAAAGAGGGGAAAAUACUCUCUGAAAUACUCCUAUCAGCCUAUCACCUCCUCCUCCCUUUCUCACUCCAUCUCUUCUGCUUUCAGAGUUGAUCUUCGAACAGAAGAACAAAUUUAAGAUUUUCCUUUUUCUUUUACUUCAUCUUUGUCAGUCACCAUCGCUCUAGAUAGCUUCUGAGAUUUCUGUAGGAGGAAAGCAAGGAUUUAAAAGAUAAAUGGGGAGAGGUAGGGUUCAGCUGAAGCGGAUCGAGAACAAGAUCAACCGCCAGGUGACGUUCUCCAAGCGGAGGAACGGAUUGCUGAAGAAAGCUCAUGAGAUCUCCGUUCUCUGCGAUGCUGAGGUCGCUGUGAUCGUCUUCUCCACCAAGGGAAAGCUCUUUGAGUAUGCCACCAAUUCCAGCAUGGAAAGGAUAAUUGAACGAUAUGAAAGAUAUUCUUAUGCAGAGCGAGAGCUUCUUGCAGCUGAUCCUGAAUCACAGGGAAGCUGGUCUCUCGAACACACCAAACUUAAGGCUAAGAUUGAGAUUUUACAACGGAAUCAAAGACAUUAUGUUGGUGAAGACCUCCAAUCCUUGAGUCUAAAAGAACUGCAGAAUUUAGAGCAACAGCUUGAUACUGCUCUUAAACAUAUACGAGCAAGAAAGAACCAACUCGUAUAUGAAUCGAUUUCAGAACUUCAAAAAAAGGAGAAAGCAUUGCAGGAGCAAAAUAACAUGCUGACAAAGAAGCUUAAAGAGAAAGAGAAGGAAAAGGAGAAAGCUCUAGCGCAACAGUCUCACUGGGAGCAGCAAAACCAAGGACGAAACUCACCGACAUUCCUACCAUCACAACCACUUCCCUCCCUAAAUAUGAAUGAAACUUAUCAGGAAAGAAGCACUGCAUGCGAAGAUGAAGAAGCUCGACCUCACCCUCGAACCAAUACGCAAAUGCCGCCUUGGAUGCUUCGCCACUUGAACAAAUAGAAAGAGAGAUCACAGCUAUCUGUUAUGCAGUUUUUGGUCACUAUAUACUCAAAACAAGAGAUGGAAGUAGCUUACAUGCUUGGAGAGAUUCCACGAUAAUGUCAUUACCAUAACGAUCAUCAAAAAAUGUAUAAAUUUCUACCAAACAUAAAGAAACAUCUCUCUCCACCAACCCGAAGCUAAAAUAUUUGAAUGUAUCUUGGACCUGGUAAUUAUAAUAUUUUAAUCUUUUUUUGGUUGAAUAUAAUAUUUUAAUCUCUAGUUCUAAUCUGUAUCUGGAGUGAGAAUGAUGUUGA